GGGGCCGCGCAGCGGGCGGGGCCGGAGCCGGGGGGCGCAGCUAAGAGAGACCCUGAGCGGCGGCAGGAGAGGAGCGUACAACCUCUAGAAGCUCAGGCGCGGCAGCCAUGGCGGUGGAAGGCGGAAUGAAAUGUGUCAAGAUCUUGCUCUACCUUUUUCUGCUGGCCUUUUGCGCCUGUGCAGUUGGACUGAUCGCUGUGGGUAUAGCAGCCCAGUAUGUCCUGAGUCAGACUAUCAGCCAGGGGGCCACUCCUGGCUCCAUUUUGCUUGUGGUCAUCAUUGCAGUGGGAGCCUUCCUCUUCCUGGUGGCCAUUGUGGGUUGCUGUGGGGCCUGCAAGGAGAACCACUGUCUUAUGAUCACGUUUGUCAUCUUCCUCUCUCUUAUCAUGCUGGUGGAGGUGGCCGCAGCCAUUGCUGGCUAUGUAUUUAGAGACAAGGUGGUGUCGGAGUUUAAUGACGACUUCCGGCAGCAGAUGAAGAAUUAUUCCAAACAGAACCACACAGCUUUCAUUCUGGACAAGAUGCAGGAAAACUUCAAGUGUUGUGGGGCAGCGAACUACACAGACUGGGAGAACAUCCUUCUUGAGCCCAGGGGCCGUGUCCCUGACUCCUGCUGCAUCAAUGUCACUCAUAACUGUGGGGUUAAUUUCAAAGUGAAGGAAAUCUAUACCGAGGGCUGUGUGGAGAAGAUUGGGGUCUGGCUGAGGAGAAAUGUGCUGGUGGUGGCUGCAGCAGCCCUGGGCAUUGCCUUUGUGGAGGUCCUGGGAAUUGUCUUUGCCUGCUGCCUUGUGAAGAGUAUCCAAAGUGGCUAUGAAGUGAUGUAGAGGGUCUGGUCUCUUCAGCCCCUCUUUUAGGAGAGUGGGGUAGUAUACUCCGCAUUUUUCAAUUAAACGGAUUAUUUUUUUCAGACCAAAAA